GAAUAGUGUUUCAAAAUUGUUUACAAAACGACCUAUCAUGUCUAAGACCAAGGACAUUAUCAAGCUGUCGAUUGAACAAUUGCAAGAGUUUUUAACAUCCUUUGACACAGUGAUGUGCGACAUCGACGGAGUCCUAUGGCAACUCAAUCAACCAAUUGAAGGUGCUUCGGAAUCUUUAAAGAUAUUGCAAAACCUAGGAAAACAAGUAUACCUGAUAACAAAUAAUAGUACCAAGACGUCAGAAAAUUUUUAUAAAAGCCCUCAAUGUAUCAGUUUAAAUUUAAGUUCAGACCAUAUAAUCAAUCCCAUAAAAUCUAUUGUAUGGUAUUUGAAGAAAAUUGAUUUCCGCGACGAAGUUUUUGCCAUUGUUCCAAGUAUCUCUCGGAAAAUUUUCAGAGAGGCAGGAAUACGAUUAACGGAGCAACCAAACGUUUCGGAAACAAGCCCAUCUGCAACUGUAAAGGAGGUCUUGGAUCGACCAUCGGUUAAAGCUGUAGUUGUUGAUUUUGAUAUCAAUUGGAACUGGUCAAUGCUAGCUUUGGCUAUAUCGUGUCUCCAACGUAAGGAUGUACUGUAUAUAGCAGGACCAACAGACGAAUGGUUUCAAGUACAAGCAUUACCUCAAAUUAAAGUCUUGGGUCCUGGACCAUUGCUGAACGUUAUCAGUGCGCAGAGUGGAAGAGAGCCGAUUUCAUGUGCUAAACCUAGUCAAAUCUUAAAAGAUUAUGUUUUAGAUAAAUGCAACGUGACGAAUCUAAAAAAAUGUUUAUUCAUUGGUGACACGGUAAAUCAAGAUAUGAAGUUUGCCUCAAUGUGCGGAUUCAUAAAACUUUUUGUCGGUACGGGAUGUGAUACAUUGGAGCAGGCACAAAAAGAAGACGAUACCUGUCCGGACUAUUAUCUUCCUAGCUUAGGUCAACUAUUUUCCGACUUAACAAUCCAAAAUGUCAACGUAUCGUCAAUCACAAAGAUAGUCGAUAAUUCAUGCUCAGAUAGGGAAGAAAUUAAUAAUUAAUGAUAAAUAUCAUUCGCUCAAAUUGAUAAUGCUAAUUAUAAGUAAUUAUUACGUAUUAGUUAGUAU